AUGAGACUGCCUAUUCUGAGAGGGUUGUCUUUUGAGAGCAAGUUUUUGCCAACAGAUCCACCUGAUGAUGAUGCUGCUAGUCCCUCAGUUAUGCAUCAGGAUCUUAUUGCCAUUCAAUCAAAAUUGGCUGAAGUGCAAGAUUCCCAGAAGUGUAUAUUGCUUGUAAUUUCUGAAUUGAAGGCAUCUUUUGCAUCUGAUUUUGCUUCAGUUAUAUCUUUGUUGGGUGAUAUUAAGACAUCUAUAGCAGCUGGUAAUCAUAAUGUUGGUGGAGAGUUUGAAGAUCCUAUGCAUGCUGAGGCUUCUUCUGAGGAUUUUUUUGAUGGCCAUUCCUCUGGGGGUUACCAAAAUGUUGAUAUUGGUGAGGAGUUGGGGGCUGAUUUGGAGCAUUCCGUUCAGAUUGCUUCAAAAAAUUUUACUACUGAUAAAGUAAGAUUUUAUUUUUCUUUUAUUUGUUUAAGCAAUUGGUUUAUUUCCCCCUUGUUUUUUUGUUUGUAA